UGUCAAUUUCUAUUUGACAUUUUUAAAUUUGCAAUUCUCUUUCGGCUUCAAGAAUCAAAAUUCUAGUUUUCUCUCAAAAUUCUCCGUAAAAAAUGGUUUUCGUGUGCCCCACGAAGGAAAUAUCCGAAAAUAUCACAGAACUAUCAUCAAAAAUUAAGAAAACCUUGAAAGAUGUUGAAAACUCGAUGAAGAUAGGUGUCAAACCAAUAUGUUUACCUUGUUGUGUUCCUAUGUAUGACUAUCCUUCAGAAAUUAAAAAUAACGGCAAGGAGGACAACAAUAAAAAUAAUUAUAACUUUGAUCCACCUCAAGUAAUGGUUUGUUAUAGAGAACCUUACCAGAAAUCUAAAGAAAGUCACAACGGUUCUCACAAAGAGGAGGGUGUUAUUAGAUUGAAGACUUCGAAAUCUAGAGAAUUAAGAGCGAGUAUUUUGUAUACUGGGUGUUUAUGCGAAAAACGCAAUGGAUUACAGGAUGACUGUCCAAGGACCGGUUGUCACGGUUCCCCUGAGUGUCUCACCAGUCCUCCGAGUUGUGGCCCAAGCGAAUUCUGUGACGGUAAACAUUUAGGCAAGAAAAAUUCGUACCGUCACACGAAUGGCAAUGGAUCGUCCAAUAAUAAGUCGAACGGAAACUCUCACAAUAAUGGAGGAAAUGGAAAACCUAAAGCUAGAUAUAAGUGUUUUACGGCUACUGUCGAUAGCCCGGUAUUAUGUUAUCCACCUCGCCAGCCUUGUCCGUGCCCUAAUGCAUCGUCACAGCAAUAAUUUGUGAUAUGGUUUUUUUGUUGUUACGUUUAAAAGUGUUUUGAUAAUUGAAUAAAUUUAAUUAAGAGUUAUAUGUAUAAAA